UUGUGUUUGCAGAAGCGGAAGCUGGUGAAGAGUUAGAAGGGAGGAAGGAGGGAACGAGCAGCAACGCAGCCAACACCACACCACACCACAUCCACAACCGCAACAACUGUGCACCAUGUCUGGCGGGCUGAGCAAUGCGGACUUUAUGAAGAUGGUGGCGCAGACGCCACGCCGCGACCAAACCCCGAUGGCGGAGAGCCUGGGCACUUCCAAGAAAACUGCGUCCUCCUCUUCGUCAUCAUCGUCGUCCACGGCAGCAGCUGCCAAGAAGAAGGCGCGCAAGAAGAAAAAGGCGUCUGAGUAUGAGGAGAUACAACGACGACAGAAGGAGCUCGCGGAGAAGUAUCGCGAUCGUGCUGCAGAGCGCCGCAAGGGCAUGAACAAGGACUUUCAAGAAGCCGAGGCCAUCAAAACCGCGCUGGAAAACGCAGAGGCGCCGCUGUUUGGCACCGAGGAGGAAGGCGAAGCAGGGGCUGAGUCGCGGGAGGUUGCACGUGAGCGACGCCGGCGACUGAUUGAAGAGUCGAAGUAUCUCGGAGGUGACAUUUCCCGCACCCAUCUUGUCAAGGGUCUCGAUUUGGCCCUCCUUGAGAAGGUCAGCAGGCGCAUGGCGUAUGUGUUUUCGACGGCGACGGAGGACGCAAUUGCAACAGCGCACGACAUACCAACGACAGUCAUCCGAUCAAAGGCAGAGGUGGACGCCCGCGCAGACAAGGAGCAGCAGCCGGUGACGACCAACGACAUUGUGAUCAACAAGUUGACGGAGAUUUUGUCGUACAUUCGCACGGGCCAGCGCGGCCACCGGCGCCGCCGAAAGAAGAAGGACAAAGCUGCUGCUGCAGCGGCUGUUGCGUCCACCAAGCAAAGGAGGGAGGACUUGCCAGAGGACAUUCGCGCCGCUGCGGACGUGGACAUUUUCGCCGACGCCGGCGACAACUACAAGCCGCGCGUGAAGAAGGACAAAGGCCUGGAGCGCAAGCGGGUCGUGAGAUUCAAACUUCCCGGCGAGACAGAUGAAGAAGAAGAUGAGACAGAGAAAGCAGGCGAAGGCGACAACCAUAAAGGUUCAACAGCCGGGGCAGCAGCAGCAGCAUCAGCAGCAGCAGUACACAAGGAGGAGGGAGAGGAGGAUGAACUGGGCCCUGCACCAGGCCCUAGCAUGCCACCUGGGCCAUCAAUGCCUGGUCCCUCCAUGCCACCUGGGCCAUCAAUGCCACCCGGGCCAUCAAUGCCACCUGGGCCAUCAAUGCCUGGUCCCUCCAUGCCACCUGAUGGGGACAUGGAGGAGCCGGCGUAUCCGGACAUGUUUGAUAUGGACGACGAGGAAGACGAGGCGGAGGCUGCUGGUGCACAACACCAACAUCAACAGCAGCAUCAACAACCACAACAGCAGCAAGGCGGUGCCGAUGGUGGAGAGGAAGAGGAGGACGACGAUGAGGAGGACGAGUUUGAGCAAGCGCUUUCGGCGAAGAAGAAAGAGCGUGAGCAGCAACAGCAGCGUGUUGAUGCAGCGCAGCAGCAGCAGCGACGACACAUCAAGGCCGCUCAGGCCAUAUACGACAUUGAGGAGGAGGAUGACGACGACGACGAUGACGAGGCGAGUGCCAAGCGGCCGAAGCUGCUCACAAAGCUCAGGCCAAUGGAGGCCGCGGAGUACGACGAGUUCUACGGCAUGGAGGACGACAUGUUCACGACAGCGAUGGACGAGAGCGGAGACGAGGACGAGGACGAGGAUGGCGCAAAGAAGAAGAAAAAGAAGGCAGCAAAGAAGGCCCAGCCAACGCAAAAGCAAACCAAGCAGAUGGAAAAGCAGCGCCUGGAGCGGGACAUGAAGCAACUGGAUGUGAUCUUGAAGGAGCGUGGCUCGUCUGGCAUCUACAAGGGCGACAAGGACUGAGCCCACCACUGUCGUGUGUGUGUGUGUGUGUGUGUGUGUGUGUG